AUGGAAGCAACAAUGAAAGAUAGGGAGAAGCCACAUAGGGCAUUUUGGAGAAGAAAAUGGACGUUUUCAGAUAUACGAACGGCUAUAUACAUUUUAAUGACACAUUCUCUAUGUAUAUUUGCACCCUUUCAUUUUAAUUGGAAAGCUUUCUGGGUUGCUUUUACUCUUUAUGUUCUUGUAGCUAUUUUCGGGAUUACACUCUCGUAUCAUAGAAAUCUCACUCACAAGAGUUUCAAACUUCCUAAGUGGCUCGAGUACUCUUUUGCAUAUAUGGGAGUGAUGGCGCUUCAGGGCGAUCCAAUCGAUUGGGUGAGUACACAUCGACAUCACCAUCAAUUUGUCGAAACUGAAAGAGAUCCUCACAGUCCAAUUCACGGUUUAUGGUAUAGUCACAUGGGUUGGACCAUGAACUCCCGUGCAUUAACCAAACGGCAUGGAAGACCAAACAACGUUAGCGACUUGGAAGAUCAAAUCUUCUAUAGAAUUAUUCAAAAGACAUAUUUGCUUCAUCCAUUGGCUCUUGGAAUUGUGUUGUUUCUAAUUGGAGGAUUUCCAUUUCUAGUUUGGUCUGGGGGAGUGGCAGUGACAUGGGGUUACCAUGUAACAAGUAUGGUAAAUUCAAUAUGUCAUAGUUGGGGAAGCCAACCAUGGAAAACUCGCGAUUCCUCUAAAAAUAAUUGGUUGGUGUCACUAGUUACCUUUGGGGAGGGUUGGCAUAAUAAUCACCAUGCUUUCGAGUAUUCAGCUAGGCAUGGUCUCGAGUGGUGGCAACUUGACAUUCCUUGGUACAUUAUACUAUGUCUCCAAGCUCUUGGAUUGGCCACUAAUGUUAAAUUUCCCACUGAAAAGCAAAAACUUGACAAAGCUUUCUCAACUUCGAAAAAUACUACUUAAAUAUAUUUAAGAUUAUUAGGGCAUGUUUGAGAAUGAUUUUUGAAACGAUUAAAAUUGUUUUUAUCAAGUUUAGAAACACUUCAAAAUAUACAUUUAAUCACUCAAAAUCAAUUAAAUAUUUAAUCCACUUUUUAACAUUGAUUUUGGAGAUUAAAAGUAUCUUUUGACUAAAUUGAUAAAAAUAAUUUUAACAAUUUUAGAAUCAUUAUCACAUGUAGUUGAUAUUUUGCAUGUUAAGUACUUGAAUAGAAAAUGAAUGAUUUAAAUACUUGAAAGUUAUUUGUAAACCACAAUUAAUGUUUAUUUUAAGUUAAGUUGUAAA